CAUCAGUUCCAGGAUGCUGUCCCCUUCCUGCACGAUGGCAUGCUCGAGGACCUGUUCCCGCAUCCUGGGGCUAAGCCUCGGGACUGCUGCCCUGUUUGCUGCUGGGGCCAACGUGGCACUCCUCUUUCCUAAUUGGGAUGUGACCUAUCUGCUGAGGGGUCUCAUUGGCAGGCAUGCCAUGCUGGGCUCUGGACUUUGGGGAGGAGGUCUCAUGGUACUCACUGCAGCUACCCUCAUCUCUGUGAUGGGAUGGAGAUAUUGCUGUUUCAGUAAAAGUGUACCCUGUCUAAGUUUGCUCACUGCUCUGUUUUCAAGUGGCCUGGCUUUGCUUGGAGCCUUGAUUUGCUUUAUCACUUCUGGAGUAGCACUGAAAGAUGGUCCUUUUUGCAUGUUUGACGUCUCAUUCUUCAAUCAGACACAAGCUUGGAAAUAUGGCUACCCAUUCAAAGACAUGCAUAACAGGAAUUAUUUAUAUGACCAUUCUCUCUGGAACUCUGUCUGUCGGGAGCCCUCUAAAGCUGUUGUUUGGCACGUGUCCUUCUUCUCCACACUUCUGUGCAUCAGUCUCUUCCAGCUUCUCCUGGUGGUCAUUCAUUUCAUCAACAGCUUCCUUGGCCUGUUUUGCAGCCUGUGUGAGAAGUGACAGGAACUUCAGACUGAUGUUAUUUGUACAACCUGAUAGAGCUUCAAAGGACAAUGUCUUCAACCUCUGCCUUGGCUGAGCCAAUCAUCCUCUUCUUCAGUUGUGCAUACGCAGGGUGGAUCUUCCUAUUUCUGGGUGCUGACACUCCCAGAGCUUCUGAGAUCAAGAUCAAAGAUGGGAAUUUGGAGGAGGUGGAGCUAAUGGAUACUUCUGUGAUUCUUUUUUUUCUUUUCUUUUUUUCAGUUGUAGAUGGACACAAUACCUUUAUUUUAUUUAUUUAUUUUUAUGUGGUGCUGAGGAUCAAAUCCAGUGUCCCACACAUGCUAGGCAAGUACUCUACCACUGAGCUACAACCCCAACACCUACUUCUGUAAUUCUGAAGUGCAAUCCCACUGUGUGGCCCUGACAGCUCACUUAUGUUCUCUUUUCACAGUUCAAUUCAGGGGCCUGGAAUGGGGUGGGGGUGGGGGAGAGGAGCCUUGGAGAGGAAAUGAAGAAAUGAGAGGAGUUCUGCAUUCAUUCUACCAUGGGCCAACUGCCCCUCCACACCUGGCUGUUGGCUGUCCUCUAUGGGAUUCCAGAAGGUCUGCAUCCCCUUCCUUGUAUACACAACCCAGGACCACCUCAUCAUUCGAAUAUGACUGCAGCAUCUUUUUUUCCCCCUCUUUCACAAACAAAGCCACAUCCUGGCUUGAUGUCCAACCAGGGUGUUAGGUAGAGGGGCUGAUACAGAUCUAUUCAUCAGGCACUAAGUAAACAUUUUAAGAAGAAAAUCUGUCUCUUACCUUGCAUAUGCCUUUAUGAAUAUCAUCUUGGAAUGGAGAGGAUGUUUCCUUGUUCAUAUUCUUGCUCAGAGAAAGUAGACUAAUCUUUGGAAUAGGUGUUCUCAGCUCUCUGUCUGGACUCAGGUAUUUGGAGAUCAAAGGGCAUUUCUCAUAGACAUAAUGCCCAGUGAUGUGGUUCAAAGAAUAAAAAAAUAAGACAAUUCCAUGUAACACAUGCUCAUGAACUGAAUUCUACAAGAAACAACUGGGACAACUGGAGAUCCUUCAGUGAGUCUGAAGAUUAGAUGGCAUUAAUGUAGUGUAGUUAUAGAAAAUGACACUUUGUUUUAGUAAUAAUUAGCUUAGUCCAUUGCUCCCGGCAAUGGAUGAGGCACAGCAAGCUUCCUGGGGAACUACAAUCAUGGAUUAGAGCAGUGUUGACAUUGGUCAGCAGAAGGAAGGCUCAAUAAACCAGUUCAGAUCAUGAAGCAAAGAAGUAUAUAUGCACAGGAGAUAGCCAUAAAAAGCCAUCAAACAAUUUCAAGCCAAGCUGUGUCACUCUGAGAUAGUGUGAAGGGUGGAAUGGGAAAGUGAAGUUGGUGAGAGUUUAUUGGAAUCAGGGAGACCAAUUUAAGCAACAAUUUCAAUAAGGCACUUUGUAAACCAAAUCCUGGAAUAGUAAAAUUAGUUGUCUGUACUGGAAUUUGCAAAGACAGUUUUAUUUGCCCUACCCUUUUUGCAUUGUAUAGAAGCAAGUUUUGGAACUUGUUAACAUAGUCAAGGUUAAAGGUUACCAAAGGAAGUCUGGAUUGAUAAUGGGCAGAGGCCAAGACCUACAGCAUUCUAAAACAGGAACAAAAACUGGUGCUUAAAAGCAAAGAAUGAAAAAAAAAAUGGUAAGAAAUACCUCCUAAAAUCUGCUCUUUUCUGACUUUUGCAGUAACAUAGGUAAGAAAUGCAAGCUGGCUAAGAACUGCAGGCUGGUGAUUAUGGUUUCGAGUGGUGCUUUGCACUUUUUCUAUAAGGGGCAAGAUAAUAUUUUAGGUUUUGAAGGCAAUAUGGUCUUUGAUGCACUAUUCAAUUCUGCCUUUAUGGGACAAAAGUAGCAAUAGACAAGAUGUAAAUGCAUUCCAAUAAAACUUUAUGGGCACUGACGUUUUAAAUCCCUAUAUUUUUCAUGACUCUCUACAUAUAUGAUUAAAAAUCUCUACAUAUAUAAUUCCUGUUCUUAGCUCAUAAGGAGAACAAAAACAGAAGGAAGGAUGGGU